GGCAACUGCUGUGAGAGUCCCAGAGGUGGCCCAGUUUAUGUCUCUCCCUCCAUCCAGCACAAUGGCUUCAGCGGCACCACCCGAACCCUCUUUUCUUUGGGGAGGAGUAGAAACAGCUUCGAAGCAGCCAUCUCAGGUAAGGGAAAGAUAAUUGGGGAUACACAAAGCAGACAGUGCGGAUGCUUCCCCCUGUCUUGAACUGUGAAAUAUUUCAUUAUUUACUUAUUAAAUGUGUGUACUUCCUGUCAUCCGACGAUCACGGGGCAGCUCACAACAUAAAAAUACCGUAUUUUUCGCUCUAUAAGAUGCACCAGACCACAAGACGCACCUAGUUUUUGGAGGAGGAAAACAAGAGAAAAUAUAUUCUGAAACUCAGCAGCCAGAACAGCAAGAGGGAUCACUGCGCAGCGAAAGCAGCAAUCCCUCUUGCUGUUCUGGCUUCUGUGACAGCUGCGAAGCCUGCAUUCGCUCCAUAAGACACACACACAUUUCCCCUUACUUUUUAGGAGGGAAAAAGUGAGUCUUAUAGAGCAAAAAAUAUGGUACAAAACGAGAACACAAUGUCUCAGUAACUGUUAGUGAGUUGGUUCGUCAAAACCUGUUUGAAAGGCGCAGAGAUGGCAGCGGUGACUCCCUCGCCGGGCUAUGUGGCUUUGGUGGCUCGGCUAGCUGAGCUGAAGAAAAAGGUAAAGGUACCCCUGCCCGUACGGGCCAGUCUUGACAGACUCUAGGGUUGUGCGCCCAUCUCACUUAAGAGGCCGGGAGCCAGCGCUGUCUGCAGACACUUCCGGCUCACGUGGCCAGCGUGACAAGCUGCAUCUGGCGAGCCAGCGCAGCACACGGAACGCCGUUUACCUUCCCGCUGGUAAGCGGUCCCUAUUUAUCUACUUGCACCCGUGGGUGCUUUUGAACUGCUAGGUUGGCAGGCGCUGGGACCGAACGAUGGGAGCGCACCCCGUCGCGGGGAUUCGAACCGCCGACCAUGCGAUCGGCAAGUCCUAGGCGCUGAGGUUUUACCCACAGCGCCACCCGCGUUCCAGCUGAGCUGAAGAAGUGUGGGGCAAACAGCCCCGGGUGAGGCCUUACCGGCCCCUGGUGCUGGCCAGCCAGGUCUCCAUCACAGAGAUGUCGUUAAUGAUGGCCUCUUGGAAGUAGAAUGUGUUCAGUGAUGUAACUUGCGCCCAAGAGACCCAGACAUUCUUCAACUGCGCUGCAAAGGCGGAAGCAGAAUGCAAGGUAAAGCUUCGACAAGAAUCUCUGGGCCAGUCGGGGAAACUUGGUUCAAAACAAAUCAAUCAAUUACUGAAAAGGUUUCCAAAUAUCACACACAAUUAUUAAAGAGAAUUGCUUCCCCCAGUAUCUGUGGACACUCGGACUGGAUUUUGAAGAAACUCACUGCUUGUUGGUCUUUCAAAUGGAUGGGAAAUGCUUUACUGCAUUUCAUACUGAUUUUUUGGAAUAAAACUUCCGUUGAGAUAAGAUGAAGAAGACCUAAAGUUUCCUUGGAUACGAAGAGAAGCUACAGCAGUUAUUUGGCCAGAAGAACUUUUGCUUGAAACGUUCUUCAAUUAGCAUCAAUUUUGAGUCUUCAGUGAAAUAAAAUCUUUUGUGAAAUCCUAAAAAAAACCAAAAAACCUGUUUGAAAGUUACAUACGCUUCAGGUUACACACUCCGCUAACCCAGAAAUAGUGCUUCAGGUUAAGAACUUUGCUUCAGGAUAAGAACAGAAAUCGGACUCCCGCGGCGCGGCGGCAGCAGGAGGCCCCAUUAGCCAAAGUGGUGCUUCAGGUUAAGAACAGUUUCAGGUUAAGAGCGGACCUCCGGAACGAAUUACCGUAUUUUUCGCACCGGACAAUAGGACGCACUUUGUUUCAGAGGGGGGAGAACAAGAAAAAAAAAUUUCCCCCCUCUCUGCCCAGCGCCCCUUCAGUGAAGCAGCAGGAGGCGCUGCACAGAGAGGGGGAGAACUUUCCCCCUCUUGUUUUCCCGCUCUAAAACAAGGUGCCGUUUAAGGUGCGUUCAGGCGGCUACCUUGGAAGCCUGGAGAGCGAGAGGGGUCGGUGUGAUCUGACCCCUCUCGCUCUCCAGGCUUCAGGUUCCUUCGACCUGCUCUUUGGGGCUGGCGGGGAAGCCCACCACCAGCCCCAAAGAGCAGGUCAGGGAGCAGCGGAAGGCGCAGCGGAGAGGCUCCUGCCAUAGCCGCGUGUCACCUCUCCAGCCGGGAGAGGGUCGCAGGGCUAUGGCUUCUUUAGCCCGCCGCACUCUCCCGGCUGGGGAGGUGACGUGCAGCUAUGGCAGGAGCCUCAAUAGCCGCGCGUCACCUCUCCAGUCGGGAGAGGGUCGCGGGGGGCUGCUUUAGCCCCGCGCGCGCACUCUCCCGGCUGGAGAGGUGACACGGGGCUGUAGAGGUUCCUGCCAUAGCCGCGCAUCACCUCUCCAGCCGGGAGAGGGUCGCGGGGCUAUGGCAUCUUCGCUCCAUAGGACGCACACACAUUUCCCCUUCAUUUUUGAAGGGGAAAAAGUGUGUCCUAUAGAGCGAAAAAUACGGUAAAUACUUAACCCGAGGUGCCACUGUAACUGCUUGUUAAGACAAGGCUGAACUUUGCACAAGCAUGCUGGAUCUGCUACAGAAAGGGCUGUUCUUCUGUAAACUUGAUAUCUCUUUAUCUUUAACAAUGUUUCCCAGCAGCUUCCCCAGAAUAUUGGUUAAGCUAACUGGCCUGUAAUUUCCAGGAUCCCCACUCCACACCCACACCCACAAGAUAUUGAAGAAACCAUAUUUUAUUCUUUUUCUCCAGGGUUUGUCGAGCUUCCAGGCCCUCUUGGCCUUUGAGGAGGUGGCUGUGUUUUUCACAGAGGAGGAGUGGGCUCUGCUGGAUCCUGGCCAAAGAGCUCUGCACAGGGAAGUCAUGGAGGAGAAUUACGAGAUGGUGGCCUCUCUAGGUAAACACCAUGUGUUUUAUUUCCAUGACUGCUAGUGCUAGAAGGUUUGAAAUCAUUAUUUGGGCACAGUUGGGAGGCUGUUAUGAGAUGGGUCCUGGACCAUGUGCUCUGGAUGUUUGUUGAUUUAUAAGCAGAAGAUGCUAGAGCAGGGGUCAGCAAACUUUUUUUAGCAGGGGGCCGGUCCACUCUCCCUCAGACCUUGUGGGGGGCCGGACAAUAUUUUGGAAAAGAAAAGAAAAAGAACGGAUUCCUAUGUCCCACAAAUAACCCAGAGAUGCAUUUUAAAUAAAAGGACACAUUCUACUCAUGUAAAAUCAUGCUGAUUCCUGGACCGCCCGUGGGCCGGAUUUAGAAGGCGAUUGGGAUGGAUCUGGCCCCUGGGUCUUAGUUUGCCUACCCAUGUGCUAGAGGGGUAAAGGAUCAGGGAGCAACUGAUAGGAAAGACAUUUCUCUGCCCAAUAUCCUGGAGAUCUGCUCCUAGUUUGAGUGGUCAGUGCUGGGCCUCAAAAGACAAAGAGUCUGACAUGCAGCUUCCUGUAGCCUUAGAGGGUUUUUGGAUCAUUGGAUGCCAACACUUAAAAUGUCUACACUUAACGUCUUAUUUCGGCGCCUUUCAACGCCAACAAAUUUAAGAUCAAGAUGAGGAAGAGUUUGGAUUUGAUAUCCUGCUUUAUCACUAGCCGAAGGAGUCUCAAAGCGGCUAACAUUCUCCUUUUCCUUCCUCCCCCACAACAAACACUCUGUGAGGUGAGUGGGGCUGAGAGACUUCAGAGAAGUGUGACUGGCCCAAGAUCACCCAGCAGCUGCAUGUGGAGGAGCGGAAACGCGAACCCGGUUCCCCAGAUUAUGAGACUACCGCUCUUAACAACUACACCACACUGGCUCUCACUACAUCACCCCUAAAUAUAUUGUCAUAUGUUACAGGGCAUACUAAUUUGGAAAACCCUGUCAAAUCCUUUUUACGAGUUGUAUUUUUGAGGUUUGGAAAAGGUGAGAUAAAAAAACUCCUUCCCAGUUUAUCCUUUGCAUAACCAGUGCAAAAACAUCUUUCAAUCAACCUGCCCCACUCCUUUUAAUAUAUGAAUCAUAACUGAAUCAUAAACUGGAAAUUAAAAUGAGGCUGCAAUCCCACAAUGCUCAUUUCAAUGUAGUCUCUGAAUAAAUAAAAUAGACAAGGGGGGGACAUGUUUACAAUGGGAGCAUUAACGUGCAAUGUAUCAUUAUUUCAGCUUCAGAGCUGUGAUAUUAGAGAUAUCUUUCCCCCCCUGCUGCCACCAUGAAUCAAUUGCAAAUCCAUUCUCACAACACUGAAAAGUGUAAUUUUGGGGGGAUAUACCACUGAAUCACUUUUGGGUGAGAAGGAAUGGCUCCAAGGGUGAUUUUAAAAAAAUAUUGUGUGAUAAAAUGAAGGAAAGCAUUGGGGUUUGUUAAGUUCUCCAGUAUCAUUUCCAAAAAUAGGUCACACUGAGCUUCAGAUCCAGUGAUCACAUUUCCACAAGUGCCAGACUGAUCCUGCUGUGACCAUACAGCCCUGUCCUAUCUGUGGCGCAGCAAUUAUAAUAUCAAAAUUAUCCCUCUUUUUUUGGCUCAAUUUGGAUUGGCUGAAUAUUUUGCGUUCCAGAGUAACUAGUCUCUUCUGUCUCCUUUGCAGAAUUGGACCUCCGUUCCUGUCGGGAAGAAGGAGAAGGCCCGUUCAUUCAUGAUCCCAAAGAAGUGGUGAUAUCAAUAGGUAUCUUAGAUGUCUUAUGGGGCAUUUUGGAGGAAGGAUUUUUCCAUUCCUGUGUAAUAUCAUCCAGGGCAGAUAGACCCAGUGGGACUUAGAGGGGGAUCAGACAAAUUCAUGGACGAGAAAGCUCCCAAAGGCUACUCGUUAUGAUGGCCAUGAGCUUGCUACCUCUGGAAUCAGGACAACAGCACGAGAAGACUGUUAGCUUCCUGCUCUGUGGGGAUGCUAUACUACAGUAGUGGCCAAGCUUGGCCCUCCAGCUGUUUUGGGACUACAGUUCCCAUCAUCUCUGGCCACUGGUCCUGUUAACUAGGGAUGAUGGGAGUUGUAGUCCAAAAACAGCUGCAGGGCCAAGUUUGGCCACCAAUGCUCUACUAGAUAGGCUUUUGGCUUGAUCCUGUGGGAAUCUUCUUGUAAAGAUGUCUUCCAGCUUACGGUUUCCCUUCCACAUGUUGAGAUAUUCCCCAUAUUUAGAAAUAUGGCUUGGCUUCCACCAUGCCUGUUCACAAAUACCAGGUUGGUCCUGCUAGAUCUACAAGCCCUGCCCUAUGCAUUGGCAGAAGAUCUAAGAACACGCCUUUCUCUGCCAUUUUUUAAUCCCUUGAAAUUCACACAUGAAAUUCUCUGCCUUCCCCCCACCAGAUGAUUGGCAGAACGAUGGGAAUUACAGGGACUCAUCUGUGGUGUCUUCAGAAACAAUUAUGCGUGAAGCAGGGAAAAAGAAGUUUGAAACACGAAAGGAACACGAAACACAUGAAGGAAAAAAGUCAAAGAAUGAGAGGAAGAAAUCUUUGAUUUUUCAGGGUAUCGACGUCCAAGAACUCCUGAUACUACAAGAAGAUCCAAAAGAUAAAAACAAGAAAACAUGUCCAGACUGUGGGAAAACAUUUAGAUAUGAAUCGUAUUUGAAUAGGCAUCACAGAAUCCAUACAGGAGAGAAACCAUUUAAAUGCACCGAGUGUGGGAAGACCUUUAUACGGCAUUCUCACCUUAUUCGUCAUCAGAGAACACAUACAGGUGAGAAGCCAUUUCCAUGCAAAGAGUGCGGGAAGAGCUUCAGUUUCAGUAGUAGCCUUACGGAACAUCAAAGAACCCACACAGGGGAAACGCCAUUUAAAUGCAAGGAAUGUGGGAAGCGUUUCAGGCACAACAGUAGUCUUACCAUACAUCGAAGAACCCAUACUGGUGAAAAGCCAUUUCAGUGCAUGGAAUGUGGAAAGUGCUUCACCGACCGUAGUAGCCUUACUUCACAUGAAAGAACCCACACAGGAGAGAAACCGUUCCAGUGCAGGGAGUGUGGAAAGAGCUUCAGACAGCACAACCACCUUAUUAAUCAUCAGAGAAUCCACACUGGGGAGAAACCAUUUAAAUGCAAGGAGUGUGGAAAGAGUUUCAUUCAGAAUAUUCACCUUACUUUGCACCAAAUAACUCACAGGGGAGAAACCUUUUAAUUGCAUGGAGCAGUGGUUUUCAACCAGUGUGGCGUGGCACCCUGGGGUGCCUUGAAUGAAGGUCAGGGGUGCUAUGGGCAACACCUGCCUCUGUCCCUCUUUCCUUCCCUCUGUCCUCUCAUGCCCUCUCACGUUUACCUCCCCAAGGCUCGCAUGGCUGUUCGUUACAGCAGCCAUGGGUACAAGCUCUGCAGGUGAAUGGUGCCUCUGGGGCUGGCUAGGGGGUGCUAGGUGCCAGGAGCUGAGGUGGCCUCGGGGUAAGCAAGCAAGCAGGAGACAGAGCCCAGUCCACCAGCCCUUGCUGUUGGGAAUGAACAGACAAGUCCAAGGCCCGUGUGGGGGCAGUGUGAUUUAUCUUAACAGCCAUGAUGAAACAGAAACAUUUUCCUCCAGCACCAUCUCACUCCGGAGCAGCCUGCUGAAAUGGGUUUAAUUCUGCCCAGUUUGUUGGGUAUGGUUUCCCCCCCCCCCCAUAAAUUGGGGAAAAUCCUUUGCCAAUACAGUCAUACCUCGUGUUACUUUUGCUUCAUGAUACGUUUUUUCAGGUUGCGUCCUGCAAAGGGUUACUUCUGGGUUUUGUUGCUCGCGCAUGAGCAGACGUGCAAAAUGACGUCACGUGCAUGAACAGAAGCGGCGAAUCGCAAUCCACACAUGCGCAGACAUGCCGCUGCGGGUUGCGUUCUGCUCAUGUUGCGAACAGGCCUCCGGAACGGCUCCCGUUCGCAACCAGAGGUACCACUGUAUAAAAG